CAAUUGGAUACAUGUGUCCAUCACCAAAGCAAAGGCCUGUACGAUGUUCACUUGGAAGCACAACAUUUGGCGAAGGUGGGAAAGAGAAUUGCACAGCAUGCCCUGCAGGCUUCCAGUGUCCUAACCCAGAGUCAAAUGCAACAGCUUGUACAAAUGGAUUUUAUAGUGUAGGCAAGUCAGUGCGAUGUUUAGCAUGCCCUGCUGGUCACAAGUGUCCCACAACUGAUGCAUACCCAGUCCCUUGUAAUCCUGGCCAAUACAGUGUCGCUUACAGCCUGACUUGUACAGACUGUCCAGCAGGCAUGGAGUGCCCCUCAACUGCAAUGGCACCCACUAAGCAAUGCAUUCCAGGGACAUAUUCUGAUGGAAAUGCCCAGUUUUGUACUGUGUGUCCAGAAGGAAAGUUCUGUCCAUUCACUAACACUUCUACAGAGCUAGACUGUGAUGAUGGAACCUACUCAUGGGGUGCCCAGGAACGGUGUACUCCAUGUCCCAGUGGAUGGAAGUGUCCAAACAAGGAUGGAACUGGGAAUGUCAAAUGCCUACCAGGCACCUAUUCAAUCGGAAGGCAGAUAGAUUGCACUCCUUGUCCAGCGGGCCACGCUUGCCCAAAAACAGACUCCAAUGAUACUGUGACUUGUCUACCAGGAACAUACGCAGUUGGAUCACAAACAUCUUGUACAUGGUGUCCACCAGGGUUUCAUUGUCCAAGUACCUCAUCAAGUCAAGAGAUAGAGUGUUUAGAUGGAACAUACAGUAAAGGAGGCCAGCAGAACUGUACUGAGUGUCCAGCUGGAUAUGCAUGUCCUUCUAAAACAGAUGACUUUCGAAUACAGUGCUCAGCAGGCUACUACACUCUCGGUUUGGCUCAGGCUUGUACACAAUGUCCAGCUGGAUCCUUCUGUCCAAACAUUACAAGCUCACCCAUUGAAUGCCCCGAUGGGUCUUACAGCUUGGGUUUUGCAACCAGCUGCAUAGAAUGCCCAGCUGGACAUUACUGUGAUACCACCAGGAAAGAUGCAGUGCCAUUACCAUGUGCUGCUGGUACCUACAGCAACUUAUCAGCCACUGUCUGCUCCGACUGUGAAGCAGGCUAUGCCUGUAAAGGAUCUGACACAUCUCCAACACCACCAUCAGGGUUAUGUUCAUUGGGUUACUAUUGUCCUGAUGGCUUGCGAGAGGUUGCCUGCCCAGCUGGUACAUAUGGUAAUGUCACUGGUGCCCCAAGUGAAGCUGCAGGAUGUCCACCUUGUCCUGCUGGUUAUUACUGCCCAGCAGGGACCAGAGGUUAUCCAACCCACAGGUUGAAGUGUCCACCUGGUCAUUGGUGUGAGGAAGGCACAAGAUCACAAUUUGAACAUCCUUGUCCAGCCGGCACAUUUAACAAGGAGAUAGGACUUGAACGACAAGACCAGUGCCUCGAUUGCUUACCAGGGUACUAUUGUCCUGCUGGUGAUCAGUAUGGUGAUCAACUGUGUCCAGGAGGUCAUUAUUGUCCAUUCAAAACAGGAGCCGCUAAAACUAACCCCUGCUCUGCUGGGACGUACACUGAAGAACAAGGAGCACAAGGCCAGUUGGACUGCAAGGAUUGUCCACCAGGCUAUUACUGUCCAUCAGGAGCUCUUGAACCUGUGGCCUGUCCAAAGGGUACAUAUAACCCCAUAUCUCUUAGGGGAUCAUUGGGAGAGUGCCGCUCAUGUAUCUCAGGCAUGGCUUGCCCUCGGCCUGGUCUUACUUGGCCACCAGUGAAGUGCGAUGCAGGUUAUUAUUGUCCUGCUGGGUCAUCACUACCAAAUGAGACCAUCCAUGCUUGUCCAGCAGGGACAUACACUGACUACCAUAACUUGACUCAUGCUAGAGAAUGCACUGACUGUCCAGGAAGACAGUCAUGUGAGGCAGGGACUGGAGGAAUACAAAAGCCACCUCAGGAAUGUGCUAAAGGUCAUUACUGUCCCAGGGGGACCAUGAGUCCUACACAGUUCCCAUGUGUAGAAGGAUCUUGGACAAACCUCACAAACUUGAUUUCACAAGAAGAGUGCUACAUAUGUCCAAAGGGCUAUUUCUGUCUCCGAGGUGUCUCCACACCAUCUGGUCUGUGUUUCACAGGACAUUACUGCCCACGAGGUACCAAACGAGGCACUGAAUUUCCCUGUCCUGCUGGCACAUACAACAACAGAACAGGUCUGGAACGAAAAGAAGACUGCGUACCCUGUACAACUGGUCACUAUUGUCCACAGGGCACAACAAAUCCAAUAGAAUGCCCGCGAGGUACUUUCAAUGACGAGCUUUCAGCUAAGAACCUUGAUGGCUGUAAGCAAUGUGUUGCUGGGUACUAUUGCCCCAGUUUGGCAAACUUCGAGCUCCUUGCUUGUGAACUGGCAAAUUACUCGGGUCCUGGUGCCUCUGAAUGCACAACAUGUGAGGCAGGGCACUAUUGUGACAGUAGAACAACGAGCAAGGCAGAGAUGAUAGGUACUAAAAUUUGCCCAGCUGGAACACACUGCCCACCAGGCACUCUGGAAAAACCAGACUUGCACGAUAGUACUUAUGCCUGUUGGAAAGGUCACUACUGCCUAAGGGGUGAUGAGAAUGCUUAUCCUAUCAAAUGCCCAAAUGGAACCUUCAACCCUCACGAAGGUCGGAAGCAUGUCAGUGAAUGUGUUAAAUGCACAGAAGGCUUCUAUUGUGAGCCAGAAGGCUUGGAAAAAGAGGCUGAUGUUUGCCCUCCUGGGUACUUUUGUCCGGAGGGAACAGGAUACAGAUUUUCCCAGCCAUGUCCAGUGGGAUUUUACAGAAAACUGUCUGCUGCAGUUUCUGUACAGGAUUGCAGUGUUUGCUUCUCUGGUCACUUCUGUGAUGUCCCUGGCCUGGAAGAUCCUGAAACAUGUCCAGAAGGCUUCUUUUGCCCCACUGGUACUACUAUUCCUCAGCCAUGCCCAUGUGGUUACUAUGGUAACUCGUCUGGUGUGAAAAGAAGUGAAGAGUGUGCACCAUGCCCCGCAGGUGAGUACUGCGCUGGUUAUGGUCUGAAAGAGCCUACCGGACCUUGUGAUGCUGGAUUCUACUGCAGUGGAAGAGCCUGCACCUCUGCCCCCCCUGAAGGAAGCCCAACAGGAGGUCUUUGUCCCAAAGGGGGCUACUGUCCACAAGGUGCAAAAACUCCAGAGCCCUGCCCUGUGGGGAAAUACAGUGGAACCAAAGGAAACAAAGAACCAGAUGACUGUGUCACAUGUGACCCUGGAUAUUACUGUGCUGGAGACACCAACCCUGAACCCACAGGUCCAUGUUCACCAGGACAUUACUGCAAAGGAGGAGCAUCUGUACCAACCCAGUUUGUCACGGAAAAGGGCCACUUCUCAGGAGAGGCUGCUGUUUUUCCACAACCGUGUCCAGUUGGAACUUAUCAAGAGACUGAUCGAGCAGAGCGUUGUACAAAUUGUACAGAGAAAAACUUCUGUGAUAGAAUGGGACUUGAUUUUCCAACGCCGUGUAUAACAGGGCACUACUGUCCUCCAAACAGCAUCAAGCCAACUGCUUGUCCACCGGGAACUUACAACCCAAACGGUGCAACGGCCACAAUUGCAUCUUGCAUACCCUGUGAUGCAGGAUCGUACUGUAGACAACCUGGCUUGAACGCUACUGAAGGAAAAUGCUCUGCAGGGUAUUACUGUAUAGAGGGUUCUCCAAGCCCAACUCCAAACAAUGGCUCCCUUUCAAACAUUACAUAUGGAGGCAUUUGCCUGCCUGGCUACUAUUGUCCGGUAGGCACAGAAAGACCACAUGAAUUUCCCUGUCCAAAUGGAACGUACAGUGACACACCCGGUCUUGAGAGAGAGGAGCAGUGCAUUCCAUGCGAUCCUGGGAGAUCAUGCACAGGGGAAGGUCUGACAGCACCUAAUGGAGUUUGCCGUCCUGGGUGGUACUGUGUUGGCAGGGCUACCACACCCAUGCCUCUUGAUGGUGUCACUGGUAACAUAUGCCCUGCUGGUUAUGAGUGUCCAAAUGGGACAGACACCUUCAUUGAUUGUAAACCUAGAACUUACAGCAAUGUUACUGGUCUCGCUGCAUGCUUGAUUUGCCCAGAGCGUUUCUACUGUGAGGGUGCAGAAGGAGACAGCAAGACACCCAUUCCUUGUCCUAGAGGCCGUUAUUGCCCUGCUGGUACUGGAAAAUCGCCAGAAAAAUGCCCAGCAGGAACAUACAAUCCACAGCUGGGCCUUGCUCGUGAAGAUGAAUGUCAGCCCUGUCCUGCUGGGAAGUUCUGUGGUGGAGCAGCAGUUGAAUCAUUUCCAAGUAACAUUUCUGGAAACUGUGACCCUGGAUACUUCUGUUUGCUGGGUGUGAACACACCACGCCCCAGUCGGAAUUUCACAGGAGUGGGUGGUGUUUGUCCUCCUGGUGCUUAUUGUCCUGAGGGAACCUCAGAUCCCAUUGGCUGUCCCAGUGGCACAUUUUCAAAUGUGACUCUGUUAGAGAGUGCUAGCAACUGUACACUUUGUUCUGAUGGCCACUACUGUGAGGAAACCAACCUCACUGAAGCAACAGGCAAAUGUGCCCCAGGCUUCUAUUGUAGGAGAGGCUCCGAUACAGCAACACCUGCCAAUGUGUCAGCCAUUGGAGGACCUUGUCCAAAGGGCCACUUUUGUGAACUUGGCACUGCAUUCCCACUGGGUUGUAGAAGAGGAACGUACAAUCCUAACGAAGGAGAGGCUGCUUGCUUUAUGUGCCCUGCUGGAUAUUUUUGUCCCGAGAAUUCCACUGACUUCAACCCCUACCCCUGCCCCACAGGUCAUUUUUGCCCAAAUGGGACAGAGUAUGCAACACAGCAUCCAUGCCCUAAAGGUUACUUUAAUGGGGCGACAAAGGGUGUAAGUUUAGCAAACUGUAAUGCCUGUCCCGGUGGAAAGUACUGUAAUGAAUCAGGACUCUCAGCACCUACUGGACUAUGCGCACCAGGGUAUUUCUGUGUCAAUGCUGCCUUUACAGACAGACCUUUAGAUUAUGACAACUUUACAUCUGGUGACUGUCUUUGCCCAGCAAACUCUACUGGAGGAGAGUGUCAGGAGGGAUUUUUCUGUCCUGAAGGAUCCCAUGAACCCACUCCCUGUACUGGGGGAUAUUUCUGUGAAGGUAAAGGGAAGGCUACUGUCACUGCACAGUGUGACCCUGGCUGGUUUUGUACCAGUGGUGCUCAGGUCUCUCAGCCAUCUGAUGGGAUCACUGGAGACAUUUGUCCACAGGGAAAGUAUUGUCCAAGGGGUACUGAAGUUCCUAAGCUCUGCCCCCAGGGAACAUUUUCAAAUAACACUGGGAACAGUCAUGAAACAAAUUGUGCUAACUGCACUGAGGGAUCGUAUUGUGAAACCAAAGGAUUAACAAAACCAACUGCGCUUUGUUCUGCAAAGUUCUACUGUCCUCCUGGCGAACGUUUGGACAAGCAGAAUUCAUGCACCAAGGGACAUUUCUGUGAAGAAGGCAGUCCAGCUCCUGUCAAGUGUCCCUCAGGAACUUACCAGGAUGAAAUUCAACAGGACUCUUGUAAACUUUGCCCUGCUGGUUAUUUCUGUGACAGUAGCAACGAUCUUAGCGAUUUCUCAAGCUAUAACUGUCCAAAUGGGUUUUAUUGUCCCAAUGGAACAAGAUAUGCCACUGAGUUUGGCUGUCCAAAUGGAACACAUGGUAAUGGUACCAACCUUUUCCAUCCUGAUCAGUGUGUCAAGUGCCCACCUGGAAAAUUCUGUUAUGGUGCAUCCCCCACUUUCACCGGAGACUGUCAGGAAGGAUACCAUUGCAGACUUGGUUCUUUCACUCCUACACCUACUGAUGGAUUCACUGGAGAGGAAUGCCCGGAAGGACAUUAUUGUGUCAGCGGCACUCCUGCACCGGAAAGUUGUCCACCUGGAACAUUUGCGAACGCAUCAGGACUAAGGAGUAUUCAGGAAUGUACAAACUGUACACCAGGCCUCUUCUGUAAUGGAACGGCUCUCACAGCUCCUAGUGGAGACUGCUGGCCACGGUAUUAUUGUAGCGGGAAGGCAGAACAUCCAGCACCACAAGAUGGCGUCACUGGAGGGAAUUGCACUCCAGGGCAUUUUUGUCCUGGGAGGACACCAAAUCCUAUCCCGUGCGUGGAUGGAACGUUUAUGAAGGAUCCUCUCGCAGAUGCAUGUUUGGACUGUCCAGCUGGAUUUUUUUGUGUGAAUGACAAGAGUCAGGACCCAGAGCCUUGUCCCCGAGGAUUCUACUGCCCGGCAAAAACAGGCUUUGACUGGAAACCCUGUCCGAAGGGAACGUACGGUGAUUCGCCUGGUCUGGCUAACGUGACCAGUUGUCGUCCCUGUGACUCUGGCCGAUUCUGUGCUCAUGAAAAUGCAACAACUGUAAGUGGGGUGUGUGAUGCUGGCUUCUUCUGCCGUCGUAAUGCUGAAUCAGCCACACCUAGUGCAAGUCAAGAUUCUGGACCAUGUCCAGAGGGCUUCUACUGUCCUGCUGGCACAGGAGAACCAGACGAAUGUCCCAGGGGCACGUUCUCUAAUGUGCAAUUCCUGAAAAAUGAAAGCGAGUGUCAGAAAUGCACAGAAGGUCAUUAUUGUGGAGAGCUUGGCCGCAGGAAUGUCUCUGGACCUUGUGAUCCUGGAUUCUAUUGUCUAAAGGGAUCCAAGAUCCCUAACCCACCGAAUGUAACAGAGUCCGGAGGACCUUGCCCCAUUGGCCAUUAUUGCCCAGAAGGAACAUCCUAUCCAUUGGGCUGUCAAGCUGGAACAUACAACGACCGCACAGGGCAGUUUGAAUGUGAGCAAUGUUGCGCUGGUUUUUAUUGUCCUUCCAACUCAACAACAUGCGACCUGGAGUGUCCCAAAGGAUAUUACUGUCCUCCAGGAACUGAAGCACAGUUUGAUAACCCAUGCCCCAAAGGAUAUUUUAACAAUGAGACACAACAGCAGAGCUUGAGUGGCUGUACUCCAUGUCUGCCUGGCAAGUUUUGCGGUAGAGCUGGCCUUGAGCAACCAAGUGGCGAUUGUGCAGGGGGCUGGUACUGCAUACGAGCGGCCUGGUCUGACAAACCGGUUGAUGUGGGCGUCCUUGGAUACUGUAAUGCUACAAAUACGAGUGGAUGUUUCUGCCCCAAUACAACUACAGGGGGUGUCUGUCAGCCUGGGUUUUUGUGCCCUAACGGGUCACGAGAGCCAAUUCCGUGCUUGAAAGGGCAUUUCUGUGAUGUGGCGGAACUGUCUAAUGUCACUGGUCCAUGUGAUGCUGGUUAUUUCUGUACUGAGGGGGCCAAAGUUUCAGAUCCGACCGACAAUGUCACCGGAGGGAUUUGUCCGAAAGGCCACUUUUGUCCUGUCGGAACAUAUGAUCCAGAAAAAUGUCCAGAAGGAACUUAUUCCAAUUCUACCUUCAACCAAAAUAUAACUGGCUGCCAGCCAUGCCUGCCUGGGCGUUAUUGUGAUGCUAAAGGUCUUGAGGAGCCAUCUGGGGAGUGCGAUCCUGGAUUCUUCUGCCCGGGUGGACAGAAAACAAAACGACCUACAGAAUAUGUCUGCACACCUGGCCAUAGUUGUCCCACUGGAAGUGUUGAUCAAGAAGCUUGCGACUCUGGUACCUACCAAGAUGAACACCAGCAGGCGACAUGCAAAACUUGCCCUGCAGGUUAUUUCUGUGAUGGAACUAUUCUCAAUGCUACUCACUGUACCCAUGGUGUUCAGUUCCCAGAGCCUUGUGUCACAGGACACUAUUGUCCAAAUGGAACUAAAUUUGCCCAGGAGCACAAGUGUCCACCGGGAACGUUCAAUGACAAGACACAGAGAAGAAGCGUUGAUGAAUGUACUGAUUGUCCUGCUGGCAAGUUCUGUCAAGGUGAAGGGAAUGACUACUGGACAGGUGACUGCUCCGCUGGCUUUUACUGCAUUGGUGGAGCUGAUAACAUGUCUCCUAAUGAUGGUGUCACUGGAAUAAUUUGUCCCAAAGGUUAUUACUGUCCACAAGGCACAAACGUGACUAUCCCGUGUAAAAAAGGAACAUAUGGACCCACUGAACAGCUUGGCUCUCAGGCUGAGUGCAAGGGUUGCGAACCAGGAGAAUACUGUGCAAAGGAUGGACUCAACCAGACGUCUGGCAACUGUUCAGCAGGCUUCUUUUGCCGAUUCAAUGCCUCUGUUAAUGAACCUACAGAUGGUGUUACUGGUGAUGUUUGUUGGAUUGGGCAUCACUGCCCCUCUGGUACAGCCAUACCAAUACCUUGUUCACCUGGAACAUACAUGAACCACACACAAGCCGACGAGUGUUACACCUGUCCUGCAGGUCAUUACUGCAUUAACAGAGUGACUCCAGAACCUUGCCCUGCUGGUUGGUACUGCCCCGAAGGUACUGGACAUGACUGGCAACCCUGUCCCAGAGGAACGUAUAGCCCAGUUGAAUUCUUAUCCAGAGAGGAGCAAUGCAAACCAUGUGACCCUGGCUACUUCUGUGCUUCCCUGAACGCUACAUCAACUUCAGGGCAGUGUGAUGCAGGGUUUUUCUGCCAUAAUGGUUCUGACCAACAGCAGCCUUCUGGAGGCAACCGAGGCUAUGCAGGCAUCUGUCCUAGUGGACAUUAUUGCCGACAGGGUGAUCCACGGGCACCAAUAGCUUGCCCUGCUGGCCACUACAAUAACAGAACACAUGCUGACGCUCUUGGAGAUUGCAGGAAGUGUCCUGGUGGACUGUACUGUGAAGAGGAUGGUCUCACUUGGCCAAGUGGCCCUUGUGAUGCAGGAUACUAUUGUAUAGAAGGGGCAGUGUUUCGAAAUCCUGACAACAUCUCAGACACUGGGGGUCCUUGUCCUCCUGGUCACUUCUGUCCAGAGGGAUCGCCAUCCCCAUUUACCUGCCCUGGUGGCACGUACACCUCCCAGUGGAAACAGAGUCAAUGCCGUGUUUGUCCUCCUGGUUAUUUCUGUCCAAAUGCUUCAACCAACUUCACUGAAUGCCCUCAAGGUUCCUUUUGCCCCAAUGGUUCUACAUCAGCUACUCCAUGUCCGAAGGGAAGCUAUAAGAACUACACCUUGGGUGAUAAGCUUGACGAUUGCAAAUUGUGCCCAGUUGGAAUGUACUGUGAGUUUAAUGGCAUGCCUAAGCCCUCAGGCUUGUGUGCAGGUGGCUGGUAUUGCACUGGUGGAUCUUGGGAAAGGAUGCCACUCAACAUCAGCGAUAUAGCAAAUGGUUCUGCUGUCUGUCCCCUGAUUGGUGAAAUUGGUGGGUUUUGUAAGAAAGGCAGCUUCUGCCCAGCAGGAUCCCAUGAACCAUUACCAUGCACACCGGGCUACUACUGUGAAGAAGAUAAAUUGGACAUGGAAUCUGGGGUUUGUGCAGCAGGCUACUUUUGCAAUGGAAGCACAAUCUAUAGUCAUCCUGUCAAUCAAACUAAUGGUGAUCGAUGUCCAAAGGGUAAUUAUUGCCCUACUAAAAGUUCCUAUCCAACCCCAUGCCCUCCAGGUACUUAUGCUGACACUGAAUACAACCAGUUCAGGAACAACUGCAAACCUUGCAUUGCUGGUAAGUUCUGCCCAACUUAUGGACUGGACUUUCCUGCUGGAAAUUGUUCUGAAGGAUUUUACUGUCCUGCUGGGGAGACACAGGCAAGCCCACCAGACAAGGAAUGCCAGCCUGGUCACUUCUGCCCCGAGGGUAGCGGACUUCACAAUCCAUGUCCUGCUGGGACAUACCAGCCGUAUGCCAGGAAAGGUUUUUGUUAUAUCUGUCCUGCUGGAAGUUAUUGUGAUCCUAAUGAGGCAAGACAAAACAUGUCAUGUGAAGGGAAUGUCUCUUGUGGGGUAAUCGCUCCAUCAAACUGUCCUGCUGGAUAUUACUGCCCCAAUGGGACCAAAUGGGCCCGGCAGUAUCCAUGCCCCGUGGGAACAUUUGGAAAUGUCACUAAUCUCAUGGAAGAGGACCAAUGUACACAGUGCACAAAAGGAUUCUACUGUGGUACGUCAGGUAUUACACGGCCAACUGAGGAAUGUCAUGCAGGGUACUACUGCAUUGAAGGUGCAAGUGUACCAACUCCCAAUGAUACUGUAACAGGUGCCCCUUGUCCAGCAGGGUCGUUUUGCAUCAGAGGAUCUCAUAGACCAGAGCCAUGCCCUGUUGGCACCUAUGGACCAAGCCAGAGACUGCAAAGCCGUUCAGGUUGUGUUGAUUGUGAUGGAGGGAAGUACUGCAACUAUGAAGGAUUGGCAGCUCCAAAUGGUUCCUGCAAUCCUGGAUAUUUCUGCGAGAUCCGUGCUGUCAGACCCAACCCUGUCACUGAAUCUCAGGGUGGAGGAGUGUGUCCCAGGGGACAUUACUGCACAAGAGAAACAACUACUCCAUUCAAAUGUCCUCCUGGCACGUUUAACAAUCAGACCCGUGCAACAGAGCCUUCAGACUGCACUCCAUGUACACCAGGGCGGUUCUGUGAGGGCUAUGGUAACACUAAUCCAGAUGGACUGUGUGAUGAGGGCUGGUACUGUGAAAAAGCUGCAUACUCGAGGAGACCUGUUCCUGAAGUCAAUAUAACCUUUAACAAUGCCUUGGACUUUACAUGCCCUCUCUACUCGGUGAACUUCACUGGAGGCAUUUGCCCUCUUGGUCACUUUUGCCCUCAAGGUUCUUCUGAACCGAAACAGUGCCCUAGAGGUAGCUAUUGUGGUCAGCUGGGGCUUGCCAGUCCAGAAGGAAACUGCACAGCUGGUUACUAUUGUGAUGGCGGUGACAUAAUUUCCAAUCCUAGGAACUGUACUGCAGGAUUUUAUUGUCCAGAAGGAACAGAAAUAGAGGUUCCUUGCCCCGUAGGAACAUUUUCCCCUUAUGAAGGCAAAUCAAAAGAACAAGACUGCCUAAACUGUACAGCUGGGUAUUACUGUCCAUUGCCUGGGAAAACAGAGGUGUUGUUCCAAUGCAUGCAAGGCUAUUACUGUCCAAGCGGGUCAAAACAUAAUGCCACCGUGAUAUGUCCUAGAGGAAGUAGUUGUCCUACUGGAAGUGGACAACCUCAGAAUUGUGUUCCAGGGAAAUAUCAAGACCAAGAAGGACAAUUCCAGUGUCGUGUUUGUUUAGCUGGAUAUUACUGUGACCCAGCUACGAAUCUUACUGGUGUUAUCUUUCCAACUAAGUGCACAGCUGGCAAUUACUGUCCCAGUGGAACAAAGACUGAGAAAGAAUUCCCCUGUCCUGCUGGUACAUACAGUAAUGAGACUGGCCUUGAAAGGUCGUCAGACUGUAAGCCUUGUCCACCUAAGAUGUUCUGUGGCUCCCCUGGCUUGACCAAACCUUCUGGAGCUUGAGCAGCAGGUUACUAUUGUGUACUGAAUGCUUCAACGUCAACACCAACCGAUGGAGUGACUGGCAAUGAGUGCGAAUUGGGUGAAUAUUGCCCAGAGGGCUCAUCAGAAGGAAUCGGAUGCCCAGCUGGGACAUUUUACAACCAAACUGGGCUACAAAAUGAAUCAGGAUGCUUACCCUGUUCAGCAGGCUACUAUUGUGAUGCAACAGGGAACAUAGUUCCCACCAAGAAGUGCCGGGAAGGGUUCUGGUGCAGGGGGGGUUCACCCGAAGAAAUGCCCCUCAAUCAACCUUAUGGCACAGAAUGUCCAAAUGGCAGUUACUGCCCCACAGGCAUUCCAUCCCCCGUUCAGUGCCCUAAGGGAACAUACCAGCCUAGCAAGCGUAAAACAAGAGUGGAGGACUGUGUUGGUUGUGACCCUGGCAAGUUCUGUAGUGAAACGGGCUUGAGUGCUGUGAGCGGCGAUUGUAAGGCAGGUUACUUCUGCAGGGGUAGUGCAAACAAAAGUAAUCCAGAGGAUGGGGUAACAGGUGACGUCUGUCCUGUGGGCAGCUUCUGUGUUAAAGGCUCAAUACAACCGCAAAGAUGCUUCAAUGGAACGUACAUGAACCAUACAGGUGCUUCUUCCUGCUAUAACUGCCCCGCGGGAUACCAGUGUAUCAAAGCUGUCUUACCUGACCCAUGCCCUGCAGGAUUUUACUGUCCCGAAGGAACUGGAUAUGAUACACAACCCUGUCCUGUGGGCACUAUUGGUAACAGAACAGGUUUGGCCAAUGAGAGUGAGUGUACACAAUGUCCUGGUGGAUUUUACUGUGAGACGGCUGGUCGUUACACUGUCACUGGCAAAUGUCAGGGAGGUUUUUACUGUACAUCUGGCGUGAAUGUCAGUGCCCCUGAUCAGCAUUUCACUGGAAUAGGAGGCAAGUGUCCAGUAGGGCACGAGUGCCCAGAAGGUAGCAGCACGACCCAUCCAUGUGACCCUGGAUAUUAUGCGGCUGUAGAAGGAAUGUCAGCUUGUGAUGUGUGUCCUGCAGGUAAAUACUGCGAUGGGACUACAGUCACCCCAGCGUCCUGUCCUAAUGGACAUUUUUGUCCGAAUGGCACGGAAUUUGCCACCCAGUAUCCAUGCAGACCAGGAACUUACAACAAUGUCACUGACCAAACCUCUGAGGCUGCCUGUAAGCUAUGUGAUCCUGGGAAGUACUGCGAGGGUUAUGCACGAGUGUGGCCUAAUGACUAUUGCGAUGAAGGUUUUUUCUGCUCUGGUGGAUCGUGGUCCAAGCGUCCUGGAGACAUUGGUGUGGCCAAUUACGAUAAUGCAACAAGCCCCGCUGACAGUUGUUACACAGUGUUCGAAUGUGUGUGCCCAGCAUGGAACAAAACAACAGGUGACAUAUGUCCAGCUGGUUAUUAUUGUCCCAGGGGCUCGUCUCGUCCUCUUCCUUGUAAACUUGGUCAGUACUGUCCACACGCGGCGUUAGCUGAACCCGUAGGGAAUUGUACCGCUGGAUAUUACUGCAAUGACAGUUCAACUGUGCCAGAUCAGUUUGAUUGUCCAAUCGGUCAUUAUUGUCCAUCAGGAACGGGAAUUCCAGUUCCUUGCCCCCAGGGAAAAUUCUCUAACACAAUAAAGAACACGGAACUUGCGGAUUGUAGGGAUUGUACAGCUGGGAGCUUCUGUGCUGGUACGGGAAAUUUUGCACCAACAAAGGAAUGCGCUGCUAAUUAUUACUGUCCUGGUGGACAAAGCACAGCCACACCUGGAGAGUACCUCUGUACAGCAGGUCACUUCUGCAAAGUUGGAACACCGCAGCCAGUCAGAUGUGAAAAUGGUACCUUCCAAAAUGAGCCUGGCAAAAGCUCUUGUAAGACUUGUCCGGAAGGCUAUUAUUGUGAUGCUACCAAUGCGGCUGUUGUUAAUGCAACAUUAUGUCCGCCUGGUCAUUAUUGCCCCAGUGGCACUGGCGAUUAUCGUGACUUCCCUUGCCCAGAACGUACUUACAAUGACAGAUUAGGUUUGAUGGCAAUUGGAAACUGCACGGAUUGUCCACGAGGAAAGUUCUGUGGCAGAGACGGCUUGACUCGGCCAUCCGGCGACUGUUAUGGCGGCCACUACUGCACGGAGCGAUCAAAGUCUCCUGCGCCAGAAAAAGACCUUCUGGCCGUGAACUACCCAGACCAUGUGAACUUCCCAUUCCCAUACCUGAAUGAUGCCUGCCCUCCUGGACAUUUUUGCCCUAAUGGUACCGAUCCUGAACCCUGCCCGUCUGGUACCUUUCAUAAUGAGGGUGGCAUUUCCAACAGAACGCAGUGUCACCCAUGCCCUGUAGGAAGGUAUUGUAAUGGCUCGGGAACACUGAACGGCACUGCUCCUCCAUGUGAUGCUGGAUAUGUAUGCACUGGGGGGUCUAGCCAGCCAAAGCCUACCCACCCAUCCAUGGGUUACAUCUGUCCUCGUGGCUUUCACUGCCCGGCUGGUACCCAUACGGAGCUAAGCUGUCUUCCUGGUACCUAUCAACCCAAUUUGGGACAAGGAGAGUGUAUCUCAUGUGGUCCUGGCAACAUGUGUCCAUACCAGAACAUGUCAUCAGUCCAACCCUGUAUGGCUGGCUAUUAUUGUCCCAAUGGAACACUGGAGGCGUGUCCUGCAGGAACCUAUGGCAAUCGUAGUGGACUCUCUUCUAUUGAUAUGUGCACUGACUGCCCUUCAGGGGUAUUCUGUCAGGACUAUGCACAGACUGCUCCUAAAGGCCCAUGUACGGCAGGUUGGUUCUGUGAAGGCAAAGCUAGUACCUCUACACCCACGUCAAUUCCAGAGUACCCAAGAAAUGGCCUCUGCCCUACUGGUCACUUUUGUAUCCAAGGCACCCGGGCACCUGCCCCGUGCCCCCCGGGCACAUUCCGAAACAGCACUGGAGCACGGUCUGUGGAUGACUGCCUUGACUGCUCCCCCGGUUUUUACUGUGAAGGCUAUAAUAACUCAUAUCCCACCGGACCAUGUGCACCCGGCUUUUAUUGCCCCCAGGGGUCAAGAGCUAACGUGUCCAAACCCACAGGAUUUUUGUGCCCUGUUGGCCAUUUCUGUCCGGGACAAACUGCAGAACCAAUGGAAUGUGAUGCAGGUUCUAAUCAGCACAAUAAAGGUCAGCCAGAAUGCGACCUUUGCCCUGCAGGCUAUUACUGUCCGAUCAAGACCUCCAUUCUAGAGAAGUGUCCCCCAAGGCACUACUGUCCAGCCGGUACCACUGUACCUCUUACCUGUCCUAAUGGGACCUUCACACAUGACAACAUGACUGGCUUAGCAAACGCUUCUCAGUGUCUGCCUUGUAUUACGGGUUUUUACUGCCGCAUCGGCCAGGUGGUGGCACCUUGUGACGGUGGCUAUUACUGCAAGUCUGGCAGUCCCGACCCAAACCCAUCCGGUUAUUGGUUUCCUGUUGAGGCCGCUCCAUGCGCCGAAGGAUAUUAUUGUCCUAAUGGUACACUGCUGCCUAUCCCAUGCCCUGCUAACACCAUGAAGAAUUACACUGGUGGCUAUGGCAUACUCAGUGACUGUACUCCUUGCCUAGCUGGAAGAUACUGCCUAAAUGGAACCGCUAAUGGUGUGUCUUGUCCGCGUGGAAAGUAUUGCCCCCGUGGAGAGCCUCCGAUAGACUGUCCCAUUCACAGAUACCGCGACAUUGUUGGUGGCAAAGACUUGAACGACUGCUUCCCUUGUCCUGCUGGUUACUGGUGUAAUCUUACAGGCAUGGUCAACUUCAACAACAGCAAAUGUCCUGUUGGGAAAUUUUGUCCAAGCCAACUUGGGCCCGUUCUCUGUGGGGCAGGACGUCGGCGAGUCACCCCUGGGGCUGGAAGCAGGAGUGAAUGUGAUUUAUGUCCCGGCGGCUACUACUGUCCUAAUGAUACAAUAAACGUGCAGGGAAUACCUUGUGAUGCCAGGUAUUACUGUCCAGUGGGUUCGUCACUGCAGCAACUUUGCCCAGGAGGAGCAUAUUGCCCCGGUACAACUGCCACACCCGUACCCUGCCCAGGUGGAUCUUACUGUCCUAAUGGAUCAUCCGUGGAUUUUCUGUGUGAGUAUCCUUACUACUGUCCACCAAACAGCACCCAAGAGUUAGAGUGCCAGCUUGGCUACCAGGCCUUAAAUACCUCUGGAUUGCGAGACUAUCAUGAAAUACACUGCGAGAUUUGUCGAGGAGGGACAUACGGCAAUCAUCCUCAGCGGCUGGUUUGUGAUACCUGCCCAGCAGGUUUCUUCUGCCCUAAUGGCACUAAAGGACCUUUUGACAACCCCUGUCCAGAGGGGGCCUAUUGUCCUGCUGGGUCAGCAGUGGCGCAGCCUUGUUCUCCUGGUUCCUAUGGUAACCGUUCCGAAGCAACAGCGCCUUCUGAUUGCUACCCCUGUCCGAGAAACACGUACACUAAUUUAGGCAAUCAAACAGCUUGUCGACCAUGUGGAAGCAGCUCUUUCUCAGAGGAAGGUCAGGCGGAGUGCACCUGUCGCGGUAAGAACAGAUAUUUUCAGGUAUCAGAUGGUUCGUGUGACUGCCUGGCUGGAUAUGUGUUUUAUGGCACGGCAGAUAAGAAGAUAGAAGAGGGCAAUAGUGACCUGGAUUGUCAGCCUGAGGAGGAUCCUCGAUGUAGCAACAGCGAAGUUCGCAGAGCAUCAGAUCGACAGUGUGUCGACCCAGAAGAGGAAAAUCAAAAAUGCAUUGAACGGUGUGGCAGUGAAAGGGCGACAUUUGCUACUGAUACAGGUGUCUGUUAUUGUCCGUACACUGAGGACUGUAACGCUACCUGUGAGAGGGACAGACCCAAGUGUUCGUUACAGAGGCUUGCGGAGGGGACGCUAGUGAUUCGUUACCUUGACGGCAGUGGAAAUUCACGGCCUUUUAAUAUCACACUGGAAUUAGGAGUUAACGACCACGACAAUGACGAACAUGAAUGUCAAUUCGUCUUCGUUGAUUCUCAGCAGCCUGUGUUUGCGUGGGUACCAAAAUCUCUGGACGAAGUGUCCGAGCAAUUCGAGCCGUCCUCUACGCCGUCGGCGCGUAGACGUCGAAGGGCCGUUGGCGAUAACACGACAAGUGCGCCGACUACUAGCAAUGCGAUCGCUAACCCAACAUUGUGUCUGACGUACGGUCAAGCAUUAACCUUCAAAAUCGAAAUCAACCCUCUAAACCGCACCGCAAGUCACUAUCCACGAUACCGCAAGAAUCACCUAUUAAACAGAAACGACGCGUUUGAUUACGGCAACUUCAGGCAACUGCAUUCUCUUGUACUCGACUCGAACAAGACCCUGGAUUUCUUCAUGCAUGUGUUCACGCAAAAUGGAACCUUCGUGUUUUACGAUAAUGCCGACCCCUUCCGAGAGACAAUUGUGACUGUUGUCGAGCGAGGUUCCAGUUGUCCAACUAGCAGCGUUUCACCCACAACUCAGCAAACUUUGGUGACACUUGGAGUCAGUCGCCAAAACCCAACUAACCUGUCUCCAGACUGGCCAGUAAUCUGGGGUAUGAUUGUGUUCAUGCUGAUAUGUAUUAUUAUGCUGGUGAUCGCUGUCAUCAUAUGGCGCCCAAAGAGCAUUGGACGAUAUCCUAUCCGAACACUCAGACCCAAAUACAAAGCUCUUGGUGCACCUGUUCCUGUUGUCCCUAUACCAGGAAUUGAUGAUCACGUGUAUGACCUUGGCCCUCGUGGUGCGCCUGAAGGCUCGUCGUUUGAGUCCCCCAGCGUGAGAUUUGAGCUGGAGAACUUCAACGUGCGUACAUUUUAUGACAAACUGGAAGAUCAAACGCUGCACGUAUCAUCGCAGCUGGCCCGUCACCAAGCAGACCUCAGAGCAUUCUACGACAGAAUUAGCCAGCAAGCCGAGAAACUGAAAGGAAUGCUGGACAGUAUGGACGUGUCUGCUCUUAUCAAAGCCACGAAAGAAGCAGGAAGAGCCCGGGAAGGCGAGGAUGCUACUGAAGAGCAGCCGCAGUCAAGCGGUGUUGGUGAAGCUAGCAAGAGAUAUGGCAUGACAGCAGGAGGUCAGGUCAGAGAGGAAGAGUUAAUGGCAGCUCUUCAGAUGCUGCUUGAGAGAGUGGAAAAGGGACAGUUUGCUAUGCCAGCCGUAGUGUCAGGCACCAGCGUGUCUGUGCCAGGUGCCGGGAUAGUUGUUAUGGGAGGGGACAGUGCUACAGCCACCACGUCUUUCACCCAGCAAACAGCUGGGUACCCUGUGGUGGAGGUGCACGCAGGCGAGGCUGCUGGGGCACAGUGGCACAUCAAAGGAACGAGUGACGUCAGCGAGUUCUUGCGUAAGAUGAAUGCAGAGCGCAUGCACCUUGAGCAACAGAUUGGACGGGAAGAGGAGACCGCUGUACACAAACUACUUAAAGAACAGGAAGAGAAGCGGUCAGAGGAGAUGAAGAGAUUAGCCGAGAACUUAGCGGACAAACUCUCAGGUGAUCUGAGCGAGGAUGAAAUGAGAGCAGUCAUGGAAGACCAUGAAAGACAAGUGGCGCAAUUAGAAGGCCUGUUAGCAUCCGAAAAAGAGAAACAAAUGGCAGCACUGAGAGAUAAACUGAGACGACGAAGAGAAGAAAAGGAAGCCGCCAUGUUAAGGAAACAGAAAGAAGAGGCCGAAAAGUCCAAUAUCCGUCUGGACGAUGUUGAACCGCUGGCCAGCAUAGAUACAGUACUGAAGACUCAAGAAAGUGUCCAAGAUGUUAUUGUUCAGGAAGAGUCUAUUGGGCAUGCGCGAGCAGAGGAGCAGCAGUCCAAUGAACAGGCAGAAGUGUAUCGUCGCCAGCUUGGCGACAAGUUCUGUGCUAUGGUGGAUGACCUUGUCACUUCCGGGUCUCUGUAUGCUGAUCAAGCAGAACAAAUCAAACGCGAACAAAUGGAAUUGGAAGAAAAGAUGUCACGCGAUCUAGCACAACAGCGUGCGCAACAGACAGCACUUAUUAAGGAAAAGCUCGCGCAGAGAAAGAGAGAACAAAUGAAGAAACUGAGAGAACAACAGGAGAUGGAGAAAGCUAAGGUCAUUAGUGAGGGCGGUGACGUCACAGCACUAAUAAAGCAGCAUAAACAGGAAGUUACUGCGCUGGAAGCAAGUUUUGAGGCGGAAGAGACGCGUCACACUGCAGAGAUUAACAAGAAACUUGACGAGACGCACAUGGAGAACGUGCAACAAGCCCACAGAGCCCUGCUUGAAAAGGUUACAAGAGACAAUUUGGACGCGGUACUUCAACAGCAGAUUAUGGAUCAGUUCAGGAAAGAUAACGAGGCGCUGCUCGGACACCUUGAAGAACGAAAACUGAAGUCUCUUGAAGACACCAAGGCCAAACUUGCUGCUCGUCGCGCUCGUCGUCAAGAAGAGGCGCGCCGUCAAGCAGAGGAGACAGCUGCCCAGCGGAUAUUGGAAGAACAGAGCCAGGCCAUCGCGGCCAACAAACCAGUGGACGCAGAUCACGUCAUAGUACCUGAGGUCAUUUUACCUCGUGAAACAUCAGAAGAGCAGGCAUUGCGAAACGAACAGGAACGCACAUUGGCUGACAUGCGUGACAGACACGAACAAGACACUCACAAGAUGGACGAAAAACUUGAAAGAGAAGCGGUGGCGGAAGAAGCGCAAGCCACGGAACUGCUCGAAGCUGACAAAGAACGGAAACUAAGAGAAUUGAAGGACAGGCAUGCUGCGGAAUUAGCUGCUCGCUCGAAAGAUAUGUCACCUGAGGAAGUACAACAGCUUUUGGCAGCCCACCAACAAGAACUGGACGAAAUAAUGGAAAAGAUGGACGUAGAAAAGCAACGGCAACAAGCUAAUUUACACCAGAAACUGCUGGAAAGAAAGAAACGAAGACAAGAGGCGCAACAACGAAAACAAGAACGAGAGAUGGCCAAGGAACUGCUGGAGCAAAAGAAAGAACUUGCUGAAGUGCGCACACAACAUGUGAAGGAAGCUGAAAAGCAAGCCAUGAUUGAAGGAAUUCGGGAAAAUGGCUCGGAAGCUGCAGAGUUUGUUAUUCGAAAGGUUCUCGAAAAACGACACAGUCAAGAGCUGAAAGACUUAGAGCGCAUGUUCCAGGAAGAACGUAAGGUGGCAGUUGACGAAGCACUGGCCAAGAUGGAAGAAAGACACGCUCAAGAAAGCGAUGAACUGCGUGCUCAAAACGAAAAAGAGUUGAAAGAACUUGAAAAGCAACGGCUUAGUCCUGAAGAGUUGCAGCAAAGACGAGCGCAGUUACUGAAUCAACAACAGUUACGGCAAAGUGCGCUGGACAGGAAACACGCUGAACAACGAAAACAGAUCGAACAUGGCGUCCAGUCCGAUUGGGAAGUGCGUUUUGCUCGCGCUAAGUUGGAACUCAAGGAAAAGCAUUAUCAGGAGUAUGCAGAUGCCUUAAAUGAGUUGACUCCAGAGCAAGCAGAAGAACACAGGCGAUCAGUUGAAAAGGCUCUGGCAGCCGCCAGGGAACUGGAAAUAGUCAAGCAGAAAUUAGAUGAACAGCGACUGGAGAACGAGCAAAAACUCAAACAAGAAAAUGAAGCAUUUGAAGCAGAACAGCAACAAAAGUUGGAGGAAGAACUUCGGGCGUUCGACAAACAACUGGAACAAGAAGCAGAGGAAGAACAGAAAAAGAACGAGAAGGCAAUCUUGGCUUUGAAUGCUCGAAAAGAAGCACUGCUGAAGGAAAAGAAAACUAAAGUCAAACAAGAAAUUGAUAAAAUGAGCAAGCAAGGCGCUUCUAAGGAAGAUCAAGAAGCCAUCUUGAAAGAGCACAGCAAAGACCUGGCGAAACUCAUGAACAAGAUGGAUGCAGACAGAAUGAGAAUGCAGAGCUCGCUAGAAGAGCGUCUGAAGAAGAGACGCGAUGCGAAGCGGCAGAGCAAAGUUGAUGAGCUGAAGAAUCGAAAUGAAGAAGAGAAAAGAGAAUUUGAAGAAAAAGUACAGUCGGAGCGUGAUCGAGUGCAAGCUGAAGAGGUCAUCGCUUUGAAAGAGAGCAUCCAUGUUGAUAACCUCGUCGCCGCUACGAUCGAAUCCGAAGCUACUCCACCACCUGUGCCCCAGGCCCGAUUGAUGCCGGACAGUUAUCGAUUAGCAGCGCCAUUGAGCGAGGGUGAAUUGGCGUCCUUGCUGCUAUCGUCACCGCUGUACCAGAAGAUCGAAGGCAUCAAAUCUUUGUUGAGUGGUGGAGCUGGGAAGGGAGGCCAGUUCAAUGCUCCAGCACCUGGUGAAGGCUACAUUGACAUCAAAGACGACACGCUGUGGGGAGGAGACGACGAACUCGUCCCAGUUGACCUGAACACGCUGCCUGCUCGGUCGUUCGUCACAUACAAGUUUGGUUCGUUCAUUGUCGACCUGCUCGCUGUUCAUUGCCACCACUUACCAGUCACGUUGCUACUCGCUGACAAACUGCCACCCAACACUCACCUGGAGAGGAACGCUUACCGCAACUCCUUCUUCUAUGAUGCUAACAACCGCAUCUUGUACGUACGCGCCGAGCGAAUGGACAACGUUGGAGAGUUUGUCUUGGUUCUUGUCCACUGCCUGUCACACAUCGCUUGUGGAGACUUGCGUGACGACUCACAUCCGGGCUUUUUAAAAGAGUUCCAUCACGCCCUAGCCGUGAUGUGCGAUGACUUGUUCUUUGCGCGUUACAGGCGUUCUUCUGCGCUUGCGCGUACGCUGUCGUCACUUCCGGCGAAGGAUGAUUUGGAGAGCGCCAGUCGAAUGCUGCUGGAGUCAGUGUUUGGUGAUGCGCAUACGGAGGCUGACAAGUCCAACGUGGUAGAAGGACUCUUAGACGCCAAGCUUUUACGCGGUGCAAACAAAGAUGGCGUACAUUUUACACAUGAGGGAAUUGUGGAGCGCUUAUCCAAGUACAGUAACUUUGCCGUGGAGUCCAAGCUGCGAUCUUUCUUGGGUGAUGUGGAAGACAAGGCUUCUCACGCUCGACUACAAGGCACCGAGGAGUUUAUUGAUAAACGACUUACUGAACUGCAAGGACCACAAGCUAAGGACAGACCGGUGUCACGUUACGCUCAGUCACGCGGUAACCUGAUGUCGCGUGGUGUGUCACGUCAAGUAUCCCGUGCCCAAGCUUCGUCACGCACUGCCACUAGUUUGCCAAUCUCUGGAAAAGCUGCUAGCCAGCCUAAAGAAGACGAAGACCUCUACUUCACUUUCUUGCAGGUAUGUUCACGUUUUUUUUUUGGUCGAUUCAGUCUUAUUAAAACAUAGGUGAGCUAUCCCUUAGUGUGUUUUUUUUUUCACCGUAGGUGA